UAUCUCUCUCGUCUUAUCUUUUACGCCCGUCACUGCAUACUCCGUUGGCGUGGCCAGUAGCCACGCCUGGUUUGGUUAUUGUAGUGGGCGGUUUGGUAGCUGCAGUGGUAGCAGUGUAGUGGGCGGUUUGGUAGCAGCAGUGGUAGCAGGGCCCUCCCUCUGUCUCUGCAGAUAUUACUCGCAGCCCGUCUAUUCCAGGCAUGGAUGACGGUUGCACUCAGACAUGGCACUGCGACAUUACACUCUCGACUUCAACCUCUCUACGGCAGUUGACUCUGCUUCGACAGUUCCUGGUCUACUGUCCAUAUUUCAUGAGCAGGAAAUGACAGAGACUGUCCAUGACACAAAUGGACAUGGAUAUCUUGCUACUCUUGUAGGCAAGAAUGGCCGGCUUGUUAUUCUGCGUGUUCGCUCCCAUGGGUUGGUCACCAUUGAUGUGCAGUGUUAUGAAGAGGAUAACAUUGCACAACUAGACAAUCUUUUAAAUGCACUGGAAAAGAAGCUAAAGGUUCUCUUAAAUGGCAAUAUUACAAGGAUUAAAAGGCUCCCAGCCCUCGUACGAGGAGCAGAAGUUGACCGAUACUGGCCCACAGCUGACGGCAGACUGAUUGAGUAUGACAUUGACCGGGUGGUGUACGAAGAAGAUUCUGAAUACCAAAACAUAAAAAUAUUGCACUCCAAGCAGUAUGGAAAUAUUCUAGUUCUCAAUGGAGACAUUAACAUGGCAGAGAGUGAUUUUGCCUACACCCAAGCCAUCAUUGGUGGCGGAAAAGAGAAUUAUGCUGGAAAAGAGGUGCUGAUAUUAGGAGGAGGUGAUGGAGGCAUCCUUUCCGAGGUGGUCAAACUAAAGCCAAAGAUGAUCACCAUGUUGGAGAUUGACCAGAAGGUGAUAGACGGGUGCAAAACGCACAUGAGAGAAACUUGCGGCAAUAUCCUUGACAACCUGAAGGGAGACUGUUACCAAAUACUAGUUGAGGACUGUGUCCCUGUGCUGAAGAAGUAUGUCCAGGAAGGAAAGACGUUUGAUUACGUAAUUAAUGACCUCACUGCAAUCCCAAUAUCCACGGAGCCAGAAGAAGACUCUACAUGGGAGUUCCUGCGUCUCAUCUUAGAUCUGUCAAUAAAAGUCCUGCAUCCCUCUGGGAAAUAUCUCACACAGGGUAACAGCGUGAAUCUGACAGAGGCACUGAGUCUGUAUGAGGAGCAGCUGGGAAAGCUCUCGUGUCCCGUGGAGUUCUCCAAAAAGGUGGUGUGUGUGCCCUCCUACUUGGAGCAAUGGGUUUUCUACACCGUAUGGAAGAAGGAAAGACCUCCAGUUUUCACUGCUUGAAUCCCCAGCGGCUGGAAUGUGAAUGCUCCUCCCAUUUCUGCUGUGGCCUAAAAGGUGUGUUCAGGCUGAAUGUGACGUGAAAAUUAGAGGCAAAGCAAAGUUUGGAUAAACACAUUAUGUCAGCUUUAAAAUAAAAAAAAAAAAGGGAAUUGAUCUUGAGAAAUAUAACGAAAAUAACUUCAAUGUUCCUGCAAUGUAAAAUGAGUCUGACUAUAAGUCUGAGUAGUUCAUACUUACGGAAGCUCAUUGUACACAUUCAUGGCAGUCUAUGCCUAUUAUUAGUGAACUACAGCUAACAUCUGUACUGUAAUUGGCUAUUUUAGGUUUACAAGCAUGGACUUGACAAAACUUUCCAGUGGUCAAGUUAGUGUGAAUAAAUCCAGAUGAAAAUUGAUUUUGUAUUUAGUCUGAAAACCUCUUUAGGGGCACAAUGACAAUUUUAUCGCUCUAUUAACUCCAUUCUACCCUAAUCUUCCUUCCUGUUUUAGUUGUGUUUUACCAUUGUUUGCUACAACUUAUCAGUUGUAUUUCAUGUGUGUUACUUGAUUUGGAAUGUCCAUUUGCAUGUACUCUGAAGGAACUGUUAGAUGUUUAAACAUUGAUUUGAGACACUGAUAAUGUGGUGUAACUCAUCUUUCAACAGGCGUGUGUUCUCUUGUUUUUUUUUUUUUUUUUCUCUUUACUCUGAGUUAUGAGCUCAAAUUGUGUGAUAGGGUAAUCUAUAGGCUCAGCACAUCUGAAUUGAGUUGCUUAUAAGCACUGUUUUUGUUACUGCCUCUCAAAUGUGAUUUGAUUCUUUCAGGUUGUAUCAAGGCAAUUUGAUCAUGCCCAGUGAGACUGAAGUGUUUGAGUCCAAAUGUGUUUUAAAAGGGAAACAAUUCCACGACUUUAAUGCCACCUCUGUGCUUGUGCUGUUUUAUAUGUUAUGUUUUAUUAGCACCUUUGGUUUCUCCUGAUAUAUUUUAAGUUUUUUAAGACUAUUAGGUGCACGUAAAGGACAGUGAAUGUAGCUUGCAUAUACAGUACACAGCACGUUUACGCGUGAUCAAUCCUGUGAGACUGAGUUACAUUUAUUUAUUCAAUAUAAUUUCACCAAAUGCUGUUCUGUCCCACUUGAGAUCAUUUUUGUGACUAUCUAAAAUUAAAGUGUUUGGGGGAAA